UUAACUAGACUGCAUCACGUUGGAUUUAAAAUUAAUAGUUGAACGCACUGUAUACAUCCUAUGAAAAAGAUGCGUUUUUGUGCAUUAGUUUAACAACAAACAUUUUGACAGAAAUGAAUUCUAGGCGGGGAAGAAGUAAAAGACGACGCGUAAAUGUGUCCAAUCCACUGCGGGAUUCUGUGGAUCUGGAUAAUAAGACGUCAAGUCCGGUACACGUUAAUAAAAAACGGAAAACGAAUUUGACAUUUAGUGAUUUGGUUGAGUUGGACGAAAACCAAAACAGUCCCCUAACUCUUGAGGAGUUACAAAAUCUUUUUAAUUUUGAGAAGCAUUGCUCCAAAGAAGACAGUGGGGGUGAACAAUUACCCAGUGAUAUCAGUAAUGCGUCCGAUAAUUUAGAAGUAAUCCAAGAUGUAAGUAAUGAAGAAGAAGAAAAAAGAUCAGACAAGUAUAAUGCAACUAAAGAAUUAAGCGGUGAUAUAAGUAAUAUUUCAGAACUACUUGAAGACUAUUUAGAUGAAUUACCAAGUGAUAUUAGUGAUCUUUCAGCAAUACUUGAUGAUUCGAUUAAUUUACAACAAAAUUCUGAUACUGAACCAACCACUACUAUUAAUUUUAUCGAUGGAAAUCAAAACAACAAAGAAAACCUUUCAGGAGUGUUUAAUAAAAACAAAGAACAAUUUUAUUUGAGAGAAGAUGGGUGUGGUAAAAAUGUAUUUUAUUCAUCACCAAGGAGUUUACAACAAAGGAAAAAGUCAAACAUAAUUCAGAAAGACCACAAUAAUAAACACAAAAAUGAUCUAAAUAAAAUUAAAAUAAUUAAAGAUGGGAAUCAAGUUUUAAAUUAUGUACCAGAUAAUUUUGAUCAACAAAAUAAUACUUGUAAACACAGUUUAAAUGAAAUUACUCCAAAGACCUUAAAAGAAGUCCCCUCUUAUGAUAAGGAAAACCAGGAAAACCUUGAUUUAAAAUGUAAUCCAAGAAAAUCACGAAGAAUUUUAAGAAUAAUUAAUGAAGACGGUGACAUAGAGGAAAUUUUCGUUAACGCAGAACAUGCUUCGAGGAACAGCGAACAUAUAAUAGAUGUUGUCAGUAUAAGCCCAGAAAAAACUAAAACAAAAUCCAAGAAAAGACCUAAUAAUAAUAGAAAAAAGUGGGAUUGCACCACACCGAAAGGUCACGGCGGUGUCAACCAGUUGGGUGGUGUUUUCGUGAACGGUAGACCGCUUCCAGACGUCGUACGGCAGAGGAUAGUGGAACUGGCCCACAACGGAGUCCGGCCCUGUGAUAUAUCCAGACAAUUAAGAGUCUCCCAUGGCUGUGUAUCAAAAAUACUUUCGAGGUAUUAUGAAACGGGUAGCUUUAAAGCCGGCGUCAUAGGCGGUUCAAAACCAAAAGUAGCCACCCCACCGGUGGUGGACGCCAUAGCCAACUACAAAAGGGAAAAUCCGACCAUGUUUGCUUGGGAAAUCCGAGACAGACUUCUGGCCGAAGGCAUCUGUUCUCAAGACAAUGUACCUAGUGUUUCGUCGAUAAAUAGGAUCGUGAGGAACAAGGCGGCGGAGAAGGCGAAACACGCGCACCAAGUCGCCACCAGCGGAACAACCGGAUCAGGAUCCGGUGGACCAGUAUCUGUGAUCGCUCAUGCACCUGCCACCCAACUCUCGGAACCCAGGUCGGGGGCUUAUAGCAUUAACGGUAUCCUCGGCAUCCAGCACGACCCCAACGGAAACAGCAUCAAGAGGAAGCGAAUAGACGACCACGAUGAAAAUAGAGAUAUAAACGGGCAUCCGGAGGAUGACCUAAAACGGCAGAGAUCACAAUAUAAUGGAGACCAGCUCUAUUCAAAUCUGUGGCCAAGUAAAUGGAGCAUUAAGGACGAACACAAACUGCUGUCAGAGCUGGGCGGGUCCGGUACGACAACAGGACAAACGGGAUAUUAUGACACUCACGCCGGCUUUCCUGGUGUGAGUUCAGCGGCUGAUAUCUACGACACGAUCAACACAAUGAGCCAAACCACCUCCCAAAAUCUCUACACACCUCCAUUAGCCGGAUCCUUAGGUUCGAAUUCAUUAACGCCGUUAGCACCUAUAACAAUGCACGAAAUGAAACUAGAGAACUCGAGAAUCAUGGAACCCGCAAUGUCGCCUUACAACUCAGCUGAGACUAGUUCGCCGUACAGUGGCGUGGUCGGUUUGGGGGCGGCGGUGGACGGGGCGUCGCCCGGUCUGCCGCUUGCACUGCCCGCCGAACCCGGAAGUCUACCCGCCUCGCACACGGGAUCCCCCGAUCCUGCGGCGCUCACGGUGCUCCAGCCCUCUAACGGCUCCUCCCAGCAUUACUCCACUAUGUUGCCCAGUUUCGGGUAUUCAACAGCUGGAACCACGGUGGUACCAGGGACUGAUUACGCGUACAGUACGGCCUACAGUCAAUAUGGAGCAGCUUACGGCACGUAUGGUUAUGGUACUGCGGCGUCCAGCGGGUUACUCAAUAAUCCGUAUUAUUAUUCGAACAACGAGAUCCCCUUGAACGGGGGUUUGGGCCACACGAGCGCCUCGAAUUCGAACAUAAACUCCGAACAAAGCAGCCGGAGCCCCCUGGCCGCCACUAGAGCGAACUCCUUGGCGUCCGCAAACUCGCCGACAGAGAGCGGCAGCGCCUGCCUGAAGACAGAAAACAUCUACACCCACGACCUGAACUUGGGUUAAAGGAAACGGAUCACGGAUGGCGCCACCUCCCCCGUGUACAUUUUGUAUUUUUCACGCGGACUGCGAUCCGUUCGUUAUACCAGUGAAUUGUCAACAAAAAAUUGUGAAUAAGUGUGUAGAUAUGUAGAUUUAAGUUUGUGUUUUUUUUGUAAGAUUGUUUUUGUAUCGUUGGGCCCCGGAUUGUAACCUGAAAAUACAAAACAGUCCUGUAAGAUAUUUAAAUUGGUCUCAGAAUACUACGAAGAUAUGUUAUUUAUUAAAUUAAUCAUUUCAAAUGUGUUUUAUAUGAUAACAAUUUAUUAUAUUUUAUAUUAUUUAGUAACGUAAGUCACACCAAAGAAAGUUUUUUUUAAGAUUUAUUUUUAUGUCCAUUGCACUUUUAUCAUAUCAUGUUCCAACUUGUGACAGAUUCACCCAUCAAAUGGCUGGAUUUGUUACAAGUUGCGCUGUGUAUAGUUAUUUUGUUAAACACAUCAUUAAUUUGCACCAAAUCUAUAAUUACCUGACAGAAUCAAAAUUUUCAAAGUUUUAUUUAUCUGUCAACUAGUCAGAGAAAAACGUACUUACCUACAUUCAAUAUUUGUGUUCUCUGAAAAAAGUCAAUUCUAUUCAUAUUUAUGAAAAAUUAUUUGUCCAAUAGUUAUUUAGAACACUUGUGAAUAAAUCCGUAUGUUUUUCGUAAAUAUGUGUAGAAUUUUUUAUUAGUCCCCCAACACUUAGUGAUUGGGCGACAGACAAAGUAUUAUUUAUCAGAUUAAAUUUAUUUUAUUUUUCAAAAUGUGUAAUAAUAUACCAAAGAGACGGCACACUUAUCAAGCUGUCAAGGUAUUGUAAGUAUUGUAUUGUAAAAUGUGAUAGGCCCACUAAUUUCAGGCCCCGUCUUGCCCUAAACCAAUCCUGUCACAUUCACUCAUAGUUGUAGGCAGUUUAUAUUUAGAAAAAUAAAUUAAUUUAAAAAUA